AAACAUCACAUGGACAUUCGUAGCGAGAGAGAGACGCCCCUUCCUCCCGAUUGCGCUUUUGACGUAAUUCUCGCUUCCCACGUCUCUGGGAGGAAAAUUCACCAUGUCUGAGAUACAUAUUCCUGAGAAUGAUGAUCCCGAUGGCGUCGUAAUAGCAACGGUAGCCACAAGAGCUGCCAGGAGUAGAGAGAGAAGUGCGAGUGCCAGGAAUCAUCACCAUGAGCCUGUUGUGGGACUCGUUACACCUCGUCUUUAUGAACAGGAUACGGAGGAAUUAUUACCUAAUGAUGAACUCGCUGAAGAUGUUGACCAGGAUCUCUUCAUGUCUUGUCAGCUUACGAGUUCAUUCGGGGAAGAAAAGGGAAUCACGUGGUAUAAAGCAAUGUUUUUAAUAGUCAAUGCAGCAUUAGGUGCUGGGCUUCUUAAUUUCCCAAGAGCAUUCCAUGAAGCAGGAGGAAUUGUUUCUGGGAACUUAGUUCAUAUUAUCUUCACAUCCUUUGCCCUUGGCUCUCUUAUUAUCAUUGCAAGGUGUGCAAGUGAGAGAAAUUGUAAAACAUACCAGGAGUUGAUUCUGCACAUGUGUAGCCCGGGAUGGAAUGUGGUAGCGUCUGUGUGUAUCUCCAUCUACUGCUUCGUCACCUGCAUCACGUUCAUCAUCAUCAUUGGAGACCAGUUCGAUAGAGCUUUUGCCUCAUUCAUUGGGAGUGAUUUCUGCCAUUCAUGGUACUUAAACCGCAAAUUCACCAUGACUAUUUCGUCACUGUUGCUCAUCUUCCCUUGCUGUUUCAAGCGAAUAGAUGGACUAAGGUUUAUGAGUUACGUGGGUGUCCUUGCCAUCUGGUACUUAAUGGCUGUAAUUGUUGCUGAAUUCUACACCAAGAAUUACCCCAAGGGACCUGUACUCUACUAUGAUCUGGAGUGGUCUCAGAUAUUCAAUGUUGUACCAACUAUAUGCUUCGGGUACCAGUGCCACGUAAGCAGUGUCCCAAUAUAUUCGUGCCUGAAGCAGCGGGAUUCACAGACUUUUACCAAAGCCUGUGUAUCUGCAGUCUUCGUGUGCUUGGUUGUGUACACAAUAUCGGCCAAUUACGGUUAUUUGACUUUCGGUUCUCUUGUUAACGCGGACGUCUUGCUUUCCUAUGAUGCUCUGGAGCCGCAGGUCCUUAUUGCUGACAUCUUGCUGGCUGUGAAAUCGUGGACGACGUACCCCAUUCUGUUGUUUUGUGUGAGGGAAGCUAUUGGAGAUUUGUACGUGCAAAUGAGAUCUCUCUCUCCAGCGGAAGCAUCGGUGAAGGAACCACUGAGACGAAAGGUGAUUGCCGUCUUUCUCUGGGCAGCUUCCAUAUUAUUCGCUGUUUUCACACCAAACAUUAACAUUGUUGUGAAGCUCCUCGGAAGUCUGGCUGCAAUAUUCAUCUUUGUCUUCCCCGGUAUGUGUAUGGUGCAGCUUGUGUUGGCCGACAUGGAAAUCAAUGGAACAGCGAGCCGAAGGCGAAAUGUAACUUUGUUCCUGGUAGCGGCUGCGUACAUUGUUGUGGGAAUGUUUGCCUUUGGCCUGGCUUUUACUUUAGGCAUUCAACAUAUACUUCAUCCAGAUAGUGUAGUGCCAAUAUGCAAAUGAGGAAUGUAAAUUCUUUAUGUGCGCAGAUGUUGU